AUGACCCCUGCGAAGAGUUCUUCCUAUCUUAUCGUCGGAGGAGGUGUAUUUGGUGCCAGUACUGCAUACUAUCUUUCCAAGUCCCAGCCAGAUGCUUCGAUUGUUCUGGUUGAUAGAUCACCAUCGUUUCCUUGUUCGCUAGCUGCAUCUCAUGACUUCAACAAGAUUAUUCGAGCUGAUUAUGGAAAUCCGUUCUAUUGCCAACUAGCGGUCGAGGCGAGAGAGGCAUGGAAAUCAGAUUCGUUAUUCAAGCCAUUCUACUACGAAAGCGGCAUGGUUGUACUUGAAGACACUGGGCUCGGCCGAAGAAUUAUCAAGAACUAUGAGGAUCUGAAAGUCAAAUCCAACAUUAGCAUGAUUCAACCCAAUGAAUUGAAGACUUUGUAUUCUGGCUUAUUUGAGGACACGGAUUAUCAGGGCGUCGGAGACGUUUUCAUAAACCAUAACAGUGGUUGGGCAGAAGCCACUCCAGCUCUCCAGGCAGUUAUUAGCGCGAGCGUUGAAAAUGGAGUCAAGUACGUUCAAGGAGACAUUGAGGGUCUCACUUUCAACAAAAGUGGUGAUUGUACUGGUGCAAGAACCCAAGAUGGGAGAGUGCUGCUAGCAGACAAAGUCAUCUUAUCCACAGGUGCUGGAACCGCGAAGCUGCUUGCUAAAAGUGCCCCUCGGCGUCAAGAACUUCAAUCAGGCGACCGAAUCACUGCAGCCGCAGUCGUCACGGCUAUUAUCAAACUUCCCGAAGAGCAAAUGGAGAAAUUCGUGCAGUGUCCAGUAUUCAUCCACGACAUUGCUGGUGUUUGCGGACAAAUUCUUCCUCCAACUCCAGAAGGUCUCUUGAAAUUCUGCGUUGACGCUAGUUUCAAAAACACGUCUUGGGACGAGGCAUCUGGUCAAAUGAUUUCUGCUCCUCCUAAUUCACCAGAUCAAGGCCAGCAUACAAUUCCAGACAGCCUAAAGGAUGAAUGCCACCGAGUGGUGAAAGGGAUCUUUGGUCAAGUGUUCUCAAACUACGAAUUUAGCUCGUUCAGAAUCUGCUGGGAUGGGAUCACACCUAACCAGGACUUCAUCAUCUCAAGUCACCCGCGAUGUCAGAACCUUUACAUUGCUACCGGAGGCUCUUUUCACGGUUGGAAGUUCUUGCCUAUCAUUGGCAAGUACGUGGUUCAAAUGUUGAAUGGCGAGCUUGACGAAGGCACUGAAAAGCGCUGGGCAUGGGAUAGAGAGCAAACUGGCAGCGCCCACGAGAAGAUUAUCCCAAAGCGUGAACUAAGCGACUUGUUGUGA